AUGUCUAAACCAACUUCUCCGCGUCGCGCGCCUCAAGUUCCUCCGCCCACUCAAAACAUACUCCUCUUUCUCAUCGCCUUCCGUCUCCUCAAUACAUUUGCGGUCCGGACCUUUUUCCAGCCAGAUGAAUACUUUCAGUCACUCGAGCCAGCCUGGGAGAUCGCGUUCGGCCAAGGCCAAGGCGCCUGGGUAACAUGGGAAUGGCGGCACCAACUUCGAUCCUCAUUACAUCCUCUGUUCUUUGCCGCUAUCUAUAAAGCCGCCGAUUUUCUCGCUCUUAUCCUCGGCGUGUCUCCCGCAGUGCGCGCAGACCUCCUGAUUGCCGCUCCGAAAACAGCGCAGGCCGUCGUGGCGGCAAUUGGUGAUUUCUACACAUGGAAGCUUGCACUUCGCGUCUAUGGAAAUGAUUCCCGUGGAUCGUGGACAACGUUGGUCGCAACCGUCCUAAAUCCCUGGCAAUGGUUCUGCUCAACUAGGACACUGUCGAACUGCCUUGAGACAACAUUAACCAUUGUUGCAUUGGAACUAUGGCCGUGGCAAUGGUCGGUAGGCUCUACAGCCGGCGAUGGCCGUAACAAAAACACUGGCCAAAUGAGGGGCACGGACCAGGAUCGAAGUGUGAUUAUUGGGUAUGACGGGACUUUCAAUCUCAUGACAACAGCCACUGACGCUGCUUGCAGUCUCCAAAAAUGCCUGCCGCUGGCGGCACUCGCAUGUAUACUGCGUCCGACUAACAUUAUCAUUUGGGCGACCCUAGCUGGCCUCGCUUGGCUUCGGACGUCUUGGCCCCAGCGCAAAGUCCUCAUUUUUGAGGUUAUAGUUCGCGGAUCGACUGUUCUCGCGGUGUCUUUAAUCGCGGACCGUCUCUUCUAUGGAAUUUGGACCUUCCCACCCCUUAGGUUCCUAUACUUCAACAUCGCGCAGUCACUGGCUGUCUUCUACGGUAGCAAUGACUGGCAUUACUAUAUCUCACAAGGUUAUCCCCUUCUCCUCACCACUAUGUUGCCUGCUGCACUUUGGGGUUUAUACAGAACCUUCACAACUCGGAAUUCCACCGUAGGAAACAGUUUCCAGGCUGGAAUCCGGGUGCAGUUAGCGAUCAUCUGCGUUGUGAUGCCAUUCGUCCUAUCUUUGAUAUCGCAUAAGGAAGUGCGUUUCAUCUACCCAUUGCUGCCAUGUCUGCAUAUCUUAGCUGCGCCACCUUUGGUGCAGUUCUUUUACCCAGCCAUCUACUCACGGGCAUCCCCGCGCCAUACUCCGCGCAGGUUGAUCCUCAUCUUUCUUGUGCUUGUCAACGUGGUCAUUGCGCUAUACACAACUCGCUAUCAUGCAUCGGGAACAUUGGAUGUUCUCUCCUAUCUCCGUCAGCAGCACCAAGCACACUCGGUGCCAACAACAAAAAGACAAAAAAACUCUAAGUCCGAAACCGGAAUCUCUGCCGGCUUUUUGAUGCCCUGUCACAGCACACCCUGGCGCUCUCAUCUAGUCUACCCGACUAUCAAUGCUUGGGCUCUGUCCUGCGAGCCACCGAUCGAUCUCAAUGCAACCCAGAAAGCCGUUUACCGAGACGAAGCAGACCAAUUCUACGACGACCCAUCCCAAUUCCUACGCCAGAACAUGGCUGGUGGUAUCCGUCACCUCCCUCGCCGACCUACCUACAUCUCUUCCGCGCACUCUUCUGUAUCACAAAAGACCCCCAAUAAGACCCCACAACAUGAAUGGCCCGACUACCUCAUUUUCUUCGCUGAGCUCGAGCCAACCCUCUACACCCUGCUACGCGGCUCCCAUUAUGGUGAGUGCUGGCGCACCUUCAACACCCACUGGCACGACGACUGGCGCCGUCGCGGUGAUAUCGUUGUCUGGUGUCUGGACACAGUAGAGCAGGACGCCUGGCGCUCCGAGACCCAACGCCAAGUCCAGCAAUGCCGAGAUAAGCAAUUCGAGCGGAUUGUGGAAUCGUUCAAGAACGAGGGGCGCAAGCAAAAAAGCAGGGGUGGAUGUCUCUUCGGGUUUCUUUGCUUCCUUGGUCCGCGUCGCCUCCUUCGUUAUUUGCGUCAUGGCGAAAUUCAGUGGUGUCUCUGUUCUCACGUCCAAAAUCAUCCAUUUAUUGGCCUUGGCGUCCGCCCACUCGCUGGGAGGCCUUUUUAG